AGCCAUUUUGGUUCAAGGAUUAGAUAUUGGCUCGCGCAGUCAGCGCGGUUCUCAUCCAAUCCUACAACACUCCUCGUUGUUCCCGUGCAGGAUGAAAGCCCCAACAGCAUUCACGACCGUGUGGCUGGGGGUCUUGUUGGUCACCGCGGCCAGCAUUCAUGUGCACCCGGAUACCAAUAGGUCACGCAUGGAGGCAAACUCGUCGACUUCUUGGACCUUGGUGUUUCGACAAACGGUCCCGUAUUUGUUUUCUUCCAAUCAGUGGUCGCUGAACUCGGGAGAUUCCUCCAAUGCCAACUACGCCAUUCUCGACCAGUUGGAAAACUAUCGCGGAGCCGACGGAAAGUUCACAUUUAAGUUAAACUGGCCAGGGUCAACCUACCAUGGGGCAGCUAUGCUGGACCAGAUCUGGAAGCAAUCGCUCAACCCAGUGGGGUCAAGCCAGGCUUCAAGCAGGCCAGUCGCGGGUUACGAGGCGGUAAGUGUCCCUUAUACAGGUAUGUAUUGGGGAGGUUUGGAAGGAGGGAGCAGUUACGCACUCCUUGAUGGGUCCGUAGCAAGUCAACUAUUUUUCUACACCGUUGGCCUUUACCAGGAACGGUCAUACGGCAUACCCUGCGCCGCUAGCACGACGACGGAUUACCACCUCGGGUGCUCUGUUGUCGAGCUCUACGUGGGUGGGACGCCCAGCCCGACCUCCAGCCCGACGCCCAGCCCGACUCCCACUCCGGCGACGUGCCCGGUAUCGUAUCAACUCAUCGGCGACACAUGUUUCAGCAAUAACGGCCAGGCUCGGAUUACUGCCGUCUAUGCAAAUGGCAACCCCAGUUGCCAGCCAGUGUUGGACAUAUGUUCGUCAGAAGGUGCCACAUUGGCCACGAAAGAGCAGACUGAGUUGUGGAGAGACCAUGGCGGUGAUCAGCUAUCAAUGCAAUAUGGACUCACAUCCACUAUGAAUGGCUCUGAUCAUUGGUUUGUGGGGUAUGCAAAAGGUUGGUACGCUGGGUAUUGCAAUCACCAUAACAGGUAUUUUGUGUGCGCUAUUGCAGCUACGGUGCAGGCCCCAGCGGCAUCGGCGACGGGCGACCCGCAUCUCCAGAACAUCCACGGCGAGCGGUUCGACCUGAUGAGGCCCGGCAACGCCGUGCUGAUCCAGAUUCCGCGCGGACAGCCCUUCGAGAAGUCAUGGCUCACCGUGGAGGCAGACGCGCGUCGUCUGGGUUCGCAAUGCGCGGACAUGUACUUCCAAUCUCUGAACAUCACGGGUAAGGGCAGCCCAAACCGCAGCGACAGCGAGAUUCGGCCCCCUCCCCUCCCCCUGCUGCUGUGCCCACACUAGUGGAACGCUGUCGUGGCCACAGCGCCGUCGCCCAGCGCACGCCGACUGCGAUGGGUCGAGAAGGCAGUGCCCCCCCGCCUUUCCGCCCCAUCAUCUCUCCCAUCGUCCCGUCUUCCACCCGCCUGAGCAGCGAGGAGGUGGCCGGCCCGAGGGCCGAGCUGCCCUUCUGUUGCAGCACCUUGUCCCACUGCUCUUCUUGACCCCUCAACCCAUUCCCCCUUCACUCCAGAAUGGGGUGUACAGUCAGCACCAGCGUGGUUCGGGCUGCCCCUGACAGGGGCUUGGGUGGACAAGGUGCGGGCCGGCGGCCUCACCUUCACUGCUGGGGGGUCGCGCGACGAGACGCUCCAGGCCGCCCAGGGCUGGGCGAGGUUCGGCCCGCUGAAGCUGAAGGUCGUGCACGGCAGCACGAGCCAGGGCAUCGCGUACUUGAACUUUUACGUCAAGCACUUGAGAGAGGCGGGUGCUGCUGUCGGAGGUCUGCUCGGUGAAGACGACUACACGGAGGCGGCGACGCCCGAAGAGGGGUGCCUGAAGUCGAUGUCACUGGAGAAGAAGGCGAUUUCGAACAGUGUCGUCGGGCGUACCGAGGCGAUCGCUAGCCUAGCGUAGGAUCAGCUGACGCGUCUCUUCUGCGGUCACCGUCGGUAGCGCACGACCAUGGUCCGUGGGUGUAUUCCGUCGACGACCAUGAGUUUACUUCUUGGGGCCGUGCGGACGGGCAGCACGAGCUGCCCACGUCAUGCACAAAUCUGCCUAGCAGGUGCAAGCCCGUUCUUCUUCACCUUACAUUUUGACAUUGCGCGAUAUCGCGCGUCCUGCGUUUGCCAACAAGUCAUCACCCUCAUCCAGAUCACCUUCGGCACACGUCAUCUGAAUU